AUGCCAGAAGAUGAGAAGAAGAAACAUUGUUAUCUGAAGGGCUAUGACAGUCAGCACCAUGUUGCUUUGAGACUCUUAGCAACAUGGCUUGAUAUCCAAUGGAUAAAAGCGGAAGCUAUGGAGAUAAUGGUUGCUUGCUUUACAAUGGCUGCAGCUAUAAAGGAAGAAAUACAAUCUCAAGAAAAUGAAUCAGAGAAAAGCAAAUGGGCCAAAUGGAAGCGUGGUAGAAUCAUUGGUGCAGCUGCAUUGACUGGAGGGGCUUUGUUGGCUCUUACUGGAGUCUUGCUGGCCUGGCAAUUACUGCCGGUUUUGGUGCUUUGUCUCCUACAUGCAUUAGGAACUCUAGUCCCAAUUGUUGGGGCUGGUGGUUUUGCUGCUAUGGCAAUUGCUGCAGGAUCAGUUGCUCGUUUAGUUGUUGUUGCCUCCUCAUUUGGUGGAAGACACCGGGCCCUGCUGUUGUUUCUAACUUAUGAUGGGCGUGAUGCCAUGAUGACUGUGUUAGGCACUCUUGUUACCGUCUUAGCUUGGCCAAUUACAUUACUUGCCGCUACUGACUUCAUCGACAGCAAAUGGUCUAUUGCUCUUAAUAGAUCAGAGAAAGAAGGAAAGCUACUUGCUGAAGUGUUAACAAAAGGCUUGCUGGGAUACAGACCAGUUACCCUUGUUGGGUUCUCAUUAGGAGCAAGAGUUAUAUUUAAAUGUUUGCAGAAACUUGCUGCAUCGGGAGACAGUGAGGGGAUUGUGGAAAGGGUUGUGCUUCUUGAUGCACCAAUUUUUGUGAACAGUGAAAACUGGGAGUCUGUUAGAAAGAAUCCUUAA